AUGAACAGCGGGGCCCCAGGGCCGCUGGCCGUGAGGAGAGUGAAAUUCUUCGGCCGGCACCGCGGGGAGGUCAACUCCUCCACCUUCUCUCCGGAUGGCCAGAGGCUGCUGACAGCCUCUGAGGAUGGCUGUUAUGGCUGGGAGACCCAGAGCGGGCGGCUGCUGUGGAGGCUGACUGGCCAUGCAGGCCCUAGGCAGUUCUGCCACUUCUCCCCUGAUGGCCGCCUUUUUGCCACCACCUCCCAUGACUGUACUACCCGGCUGUGGGAUGUAGCAGAAGCUAAGUGUCUGCGUGUCCUCAAGGGUUACCAGCAGAGUGUGGAGAUGGCCAGCUUCAGCCCUGACGGAAAGCAGCUGGCAUCAGGUGGCUGGAACAGGCAGGUGACGCUCUGGGAGGUGCAGUCCGGGCAGAUGCUGCACCACUUGGGAGGGCACCGAGACUCCAUCUAGAGCAGUGACUUCGCACCCAGCUCAAACUCCCUGGCCACUGGCUCCUGGGACUCCACUAUCUGCAUCUGGGACCUGCGGAUGGGGACGCCAGCGACCUUCCACCAAGAGCUGGAGGGCCACAGUGGCAACAUCAGCUGCCUGUGCUACUCGGCAUCUGGCCUCCUGGCUUCUGGCUCCUGUAAGACUAUCCACAUUUGGAAGCCCUCUACCAGAAGCCUGCUUGUUCAGCUCAAGGGCCAUGUUACCUGGGUGAAGAGCAUUGCUUUUCCCGAUGGGUCACAGCUGGCCAGUGCCGGCUACUCCCACAUGGUCAAAGUCUGGGACUGCAACACAGGAAAAUGCAUUGAGACCCUGAAGGGAGUCCUGGAUGUGGCCCAUGCCUGCGCCUUCAUCCCAGAUGGGAAACUCUUAGUGUCUGGAGCUGCUGACCAGGCAAGAUGCCAAAGUCCACUGCUCGAUCAGAUCACCCGGAGCCUCUCGGAUAUAUCACCACCACAAUGGUUCUCAGAUCUCAAGCCCGUCUCUCCCUGCCCAGAGCCCAUGCAACCUGGCGGAAUGAACUCAUGAAAGGACAGUGAGGGCACUUCCACAUCACAGCCCCCAAACCAACCACAACAGAGAACCCACCAGAUCCCCGUGGCCAGGACUGUCACGGCCCCACACCAGGGUACAGCAGCCCACCUCUCCAGCUCG